AUGACACACGAAAGGCUGAUUGGGUUUUGUCUCGUUCAGAUUGUGGAGAAGUACCCCAACUCCAAUGUCGACAGUCACACAUUUAACCAGCUGGUUAACAAAGUGUUGUAUUCCUCAUCUUGGUAUCCUCCUGGCCAUGGUGAUGUAUUCCCAAUGAACAGCGGCAAGCCACAGGGUAAGGAGUAUGUAUGUGUUGCCAACUCGGACAACCUGGGUGCCAUUGCUGACUUAAGUAUCCUCCUCAAAAAUGAGUAUUGUAUGGAGGUUACGCCUAAAACCUUAGCAGAUGUAAAGGGAGGCACUCUCAUCUCUUUUGCCAUGGGUGUUGACAGAGUUCUGCUCUUGGAGAUUGCUCAAGCUCCUGAUGAACGUGUCAACAAAUUGGGACCAGAGUUCAAGAAGGUGAAGUAG